AUGACGUGGGAGGACGCUCUGGAGCACUGCAGAGAAAGCCACGCUUACCUCACCAGCCUGCUCUCUGAAAACGAGCACCUUCUGGCCCAGAGAGAGAUCCAGAAAGCUCACAUCACCAAGUGGGUGUGGAUCGGCCUUCGUUACCUGGAGGACCGCUGGUUUUGGGUGAACAAUAACCCUCUGGUGUACCAGGCCUGGUCCAAAGAAGGAGCUCAGGACCGCCAGUGUCCAAAACAGAGACGCUGUGGAGCUUUAACCAAAGAUGGACUGUGGGAGAACUUGGACUGUCGGGACAAACUCAACUUUAUCUGCCACUGA